AUGGCUCCCAUCCCCAUCACGAUCAUCACCGGCUUCCUAGGCUCAGGGAAGACGACAAUCCUGCUCAAUCUGAUCCCGCAGCUCCCUCCGACCUAUCGUCUUGCCCUGCUAAAGAAUGAGUUCGGCGACGUUGCAGUCGACUCACAAUUGGCGGCUGCAAACUCCAUCUCCGGAGUACGCGAACUCCUCAACGGAUGCAUAUGCUGCAACCUCGUCGGCCAGCUGGGCGAUGCGCUCAUCCAGCUACGGGAAGAGGUGAAGCCUGACCGUAUCGUGAUCGAGACCAGUGGAAGUGCAUUCCCGGCUACUCUGGCGAUGGAAGUGAAUCGUGUCUCGCGCGAGCGGAAAGGCGAGUUCAUGCUCGACGGCGUGGUUGCUGUGAUCGACGUGGAGAACUGGGAGGGAUACGACGAUACAUCCUACACGGCGAAGCUGCAGGCGAAAUAUACAGAUCUAAUCGUGUUCAAUAAAUGGGAGCUGGUGUCGGAGCGGCGGUUUGAUAUCUGCCUCGACCGAGUGGGCGAUUUGGAUGUGCAGACCGCCUGGGUUAAGUCUGAGAAGGGCAAAGUGGACAAAGAUGUCCUGUUGGGGAUUGACGGGGCAUUACUGGCGAAGGAGAUGAGCGAUACUGAUGCUGGAGCUGGGCCGGAGCAGAACUCAUCGCUGGAUAUGCUGCUGGUGAACAAGGUGGAAGGGAAGGACGUCCAUAAACACAGUCACGAUCACCAGUCUGAGGUCGAGGUUCUAUCCAUCUCGCUCACGGCGGACUCACAGCCAUCGGCAUCGUCUGACGAACUCGUCGUUGACACUGCAGCUUUCAAAGCCUUUCUAGAAUCUGCACCAAAGGACGAAAUCUAUCGAAUAAAGGGCAUCAUACGAUUCUCUUCCCAGAAUACACCCAGCGAUUCGUCGGGCGACACGUCUCCUCCCAAAUCCGAAUCGGCCGUGCAAACAUGCAUCCUCAACUGGGCAUUUGGACGGUGGACGCUCACUCCAUCCCCAUCUCAAGCCACAGUCACAAAAGCAGCCACAAGUCCAUCGUCUUCCUCAAAAAUAAGCAUCGCGCGGCUUACCCUGAUCCUUGCACGAUAUGAAUCCGCCAAGUGGAAGAAGAAGCUCGAAGGCGGGCAAUUGGUGAAGACGAUGGAUGCCGCUGCUGCCACGAGUUUCCUGCAGGUUGAUAUAAUUGGCUAA